AUGCGUUUCAUUCAAGAGUUCGUCCCUGCGAUAACCGCUCUGGCCGCGGCGUUGGUUGGAGGAGCAUCUGCAGUCACCCACGGUGAAAAGUUCGCCCCAGAUGCCGUUCUUCGCGUCACCGAGGUUGAGAGGAAACAGUCAUGUGUGCCUGCGAAAGAGAUUUUGGUAGUCAAUGGCACUAGUCCAGGGCCAGCUCUUACAUUCACGGAGGGUGACACGGUUUGGAUCAGAGUUCACAAUGAUAUUCCUCAUCAAAAUCUUACUAUGCAUUGGCAUGGCCUUACAAUGGGAACAGCUCCCUUCUCCGAUGGAACUCCCCAGGCUGCACAGUGGCCCAUUCCACCUGGUCAUUUCUUUGACUAUGAGCUUCAUGUUCCAAUUGGCAUGGCGGGAACAUACUUUUAUCAUUCGCAUGUCGGAUUCCAAGCCAUCUCUGCUACGGGGCCUUUAAUUAUUGAGGAUCUGCGUGAACCCCCCCACCACUACGACGACGAACGUAUCCUUUUGAUACAAGAUGUCUUCCCACACACUGAUGAGUAUAUCGAGAAAGCGUUACUUGCUGUUCCCAUGGAGUAUGAAAGAGCCCAAGAAAUGGUGCUUAUCAAUGGAAAGGGAGGCGGACUAACUAGUCCGGGAACGAAUUGCAAUUCGUCGCUGGCUGUCAUUAACGUUGAUCCUGGAAAAACCUACCGCAUGAGACUUAUUGGUGGAACUGCCUUGUCGUUCGACAUUCUGGCCUUUGAGGGGCACGAGAAUCUCGAAGUGAUUGAAGCUGAUGGAGCGUACACUGAGCGACACAACACCUCGUUCAUGCAGGUCGCUCCCGGCCAACGAUUUAGCUUUCUUCUUCAUACUCUUGAAAAGCCAGAGAAGCAGUAUUACUACUUGCAGGUGGAAAGCCGCGAAUUUGGAGGACUCACUCGCUCGUACGCAGUCCUCAACUAUGGCGCUGAAGAAGCAACAGGAGACAGUCCCGCAGUCUAUCCACCAGAAACGCCUCCCAUUACCUUGCCUGAAACGGAUUCGUACUGGCUAGAAUACUCACUUCGACCGUACAACAACUCAGCGCACCCACUCGCAUCAAUGUCAGCACAGAAUUUUCCCAGGGCAGACGAAGUGACGCGACGAGUCAAUAUCACAUCUCAUCUUUCGAUUCCUAACGGCGGCCUACUUUACAAGCUGAACGGCUACACGUGGAAUGAAGGUCUCAUUCAUGAGCCUUACCUUGUAUCUCUCUAUAAAGAUGGCGGUUCCAACUGGCCCUCUAUGGAACGCGCUAUCCAGAAUGAUGGUUUGGAUCCAGUAACUUAUGCAUUCCCAGCUCGCAUGGGAGAGGUGCUUGAGAUUGUUGUUCAGGGAACCGGUUCUGAAGGUAAUGGAACAGAGACGCAUCCCUGGCACGCUCAUGGGGCUCAUUAUUGGGAUUUGGGCUCUGGACCCGGUGUGUAUGAUCGCGAGGCAAAUGAGGCAAAAUGGAAGAGUUCUGGAGGACAUCCCAUUAAGAGAGAUACAACCAACCUCUACAAGUAUACCGGAAUGGCACCAAAUGGAACUCUCUCAGCAUGGAGGGCCUGGAGAAUUAAAAUUGAUCAUCCAGGUGUAUGGAUGAUUCAUUGCCAUCUCUUGCCGCAUAUGGUAUGGGGAAUGAAUACGGCCUGGGUUAUGGGGAACCAGUCUGAAGUGCUUGGAUUGAUCGACCGACCGGGUGUGGAAGGCUAUCUUGCAUACGGAGGAAGCGUAGUUGGCAAUGAGACCCACCCCCCUGAUGUGAUUGAGUUCUUCGAACUCAGUGACUGGGUUAGUGACUGGAGAAAAGAGCAAAAAGGGGAUGCGGCUCCGAAGUAG